AUGGCGGCUGAAAGCAGGGCGUGUUGUGAGGCGACGUGGGCGCAAGAAGAUAUUUCUGGGCGUGAUGAAGGGAAGUUGCACGUCACAGUACGCAAGCAGUCAGAGGGCCGCUUCCAUUUAGAGAUGUGCAAAGGCUGCAAGCUUUACCACUGUCCCUUCUGCCAGCCAGCCGUCUGGAAGCCGAGAGAAUAUGCAUUGGCUUGGACACAUGUAGAAAUCCACAGAAUGAGGGCCUUGAAACAUGGAGAAUUCAACAUUCAUGUGUGCCAGCUGAAGUGCAGAGGAGAGAGACAUUACCACUGUCCGUACUGUAACAAGACAAUAAUAAAUCGGAAACAUUUUGAACAUCAUAUGAACAAAUGUCUUCAGAUGCAAAAUUCUGCAAAAGCCAAAGCCUCACCGUCAACUCCAACUCAGCCAGCUCCUGCAGCUGGUCCAUGUGCCAUCCUCCUGGUCAACCUCGCUCCACCUCUUCAGCACACUGUCAUGAUGGGACAGACUCCUGCACCAUCUAAACCUCUUUUUGUGCCAAUAUCAGCAUCAGACCAGCCUGCUGCUCCACAAGAUCACCCUGCAGAAUGUAAACCCACACCAGGGCAGCUAUCUGCUCUACCCGAACCUCCUUUACAGUCUAAUCCUUCAUCAGACCAGCCCUCUGCUACUACUGAACCCUCUAUGCAGCCUAGUUCCUCAUCAGAUAAACCUUCUGCUCCAUCUCAGCCCCCUAUUACAUCAAAAUCAACAUCAAACAAGUCCUUUACUGAACAAGACUCCACAUUAGGCAAGGUUCCUUCUCCAUCUGGUCAAAAUAUUGAUCUUACACCUACAGCUUUCCAGCAAGCUGCUUAUGCCCAGGCUACAACCCCACAGGUCCACCCCUCCUCUUUAAUGGGCAGUCCUAGGAAGCAAACAGGACGAAUAUAUGGCACAGUGGGGAAGAAAGUAAAAUGUCCAUUGUGCAACCUAUAUCUAAACCGAAAUAAUCUAAGGAUUCAUAAUCUCCGGAAACACUUGAUUUCUGAAAGGGAUAUAACAGUCAAAGACAACCUUAGGAGUCAGUGUAUUGACUCUAAUAAAGGAGUCUAUGCUGUUGCAAAGUCAUACAAGGCCACUGCUGUACCGUUGCAUGUCAUCAAAAAGAAAUCAGGCAGCACAAGCACCAUGAUGUGUGAGGAUGACAGGUGCAAGAGUAUCUCCGAUUUUCGAAAGAGGAGCAAAUUGCCAGAGAACCAAUGUCCUCAUCUACGCUCUGUUGAUUUCUGUCUAACUCGUGCAAAGAGAGUAGACCUGAAACCAGAAGUGUUGGAGGAGUUGGUUGUCAAAAGAAUGAUUGGGAAGGACAUGGUCGACAAGUGCCUUAACCAUCAGGACCUGGCCUCUCAGAGCAGAACCCCACUCAUUACUCUGGUAGACCUCGGUGGGUAUUAUUGCUUGUAUUUGUCUGUGUUUGAGCCCAGAAUGACUCCGUACAGCAAGUCAGGGAGAGUAUUUGUGACAUUUACUCUAAAAGGAAGGUUGUGGCAUUGUGUUUGUUCCAGAGGGAGGGUCCCCUGUUUGCACAGGUGCAUUGCAAAAUGGUUUCUCCUCCAAACAAAGACAGCAUUAUUAUGUUCUUCUUACCCAAAUCAAGACACAUCCUUGAACAUUUCUGAGCUGAUGGAGGACUCACCUGCAGAUUCCUACACAGAAACUGCACCUGGAAACGAGGAUACACUGAAACAGAUGGCUGGGUACAUUUACAACCAAAAAAAGUUACCCAGCUUGUUUCCAGAAGAAAUCAACCGGGUUGAGCCAGAAAUACAGUUUCCAAAGAAUCUGGUUCCAGCUGAAACUGUGUGCCAGGUAUGCAUGGGCCACGUCUUCUUAGCAGAGCCAGUUCUGAUCACCAACAAAGCAAAAGUCGUAACUCUGACAGGAAUGACUGAAGACAGUUCAACAUUUUUCAGAAAGUGUCCAGAUUGUCAGAUGGUUUACCGUUACCAGGAGUGGAGUGAGGGUCUUCACAACUACAAUGAUCACGUAAUCCUGAGUCUGCAGCUGUGCAUGCUUCUGCAAAACUCCAUCAAGAUUCAUGGUGCUGAUGGUGGUAUGGAGGUGCUGCAACAGACAGCCAGUGCCAAUACUUUGUGUGACAUGGAAGUUCUUCAGGCGUACCUCCACUUUGAAGCCCUAACAAGUCACACCUGCCAGUCUGAAGUCAUGAUGGAGCUUCAUCAGAAGGGGGUUUUCAGCAUGGCAGGGCUUGACAUUAAGGGCCUCCCUGGAUCCUGCACUGGAGAAGUAAAUGCAGAAGACUUUUGGGAUACAGCAUGCUUGGAGAUCAUAACAAGCAGCCUGGAAGGAUCCAGUCUGAGCUAUGCUGCUUCCUCAGACGGCAUUCUUAAAUCAGCUGCAUUGUCUGCAGUGACCUCCUUCACUCCGACUGACCGAAAUAAGCUAACCAAACAGAGGGCAGAGGAGUGUCACAGAGCUGUGGCCAAAUUUCUCGUGAAAGGACAGCAUCCUGUGUCCACAGUGGAGACACCGUGGUUCAGAGAGAUGACAGAAAUGUUAAAUCGAAGGUAUCGCCCGCCUUCCAAAGAUUACCUCAUAAACAAAGUGAUUACUUCAUGGUUCGCUGCAGAGAAGAAAAGUGUCAUCAAAGAGCUGCUGCAGGUGUCUAAAGCUGCUCUGACAUGUGAUCUGUGGACAAGUAUCUACCAUGACCAGUACAGGACAGUGUCGGUGCACUUCAUAAUAAAAGGCCAGCUGAUGCAGAAGGUGCUGCGAACAAAGCAGGUUUACGACACUCAGGCGGACACAGCAGUGGCUGAGCAGAUCAGUACUGUACUGAAGGAGUUUGGAGUUGAAAGAAAUGUAGUUGCCAUGACAGCGGAUAAUGCAUUCAGCAUCGACAGAGACAUUAAGAAAUUGAAGUUCAGGAAGCUGAGAUGUUUUGCCCAAAUUCUUAGCACUGCUGCACAGAAGGUUUACACCAGCAACACCGUGGCACGAUGGGCAUCAAAGAUUCGAGCAGCUGUUGUGUGGAUGAAGAGUUCAUCUACAGCUGAAACGGUUCUGCUGGAGAAGCAAAAGCUUUUGAAUAUGCCUCAACACUCCUUAGUAGUCGAUGUCCAGGGACGCUGGAACUCCUUAUACCUCAUGGUGGAGAGGUUUGUAGAGCAGUAUGCUGCCAUUCAGGCCACCACAGCUGAUCCACGGAUCAAACAAUCUGUUGAGAAGAGAAGGCUGGAAACGGUGUCAAAUGAUGAUGACUGGAAAGCAGUGGAGUUCAUCAGGACAAUGAAGCCUCUCUACACAUCUGCUCUCUGUGUCUCAGCUGAAAAGAGUCCUUCUUGCAGUCAGAUAUUUCCUAUCCUGAAAAAACUGGAGGCCCACUUUGAACCAAGGGAUGAGGACUCUCUGUUCACAGCCACGCUAAAGGAAAAAGUCUGGAGUGACCUAUCCACAUGUUACAAGGAUGGUGAUACCUGGAAGUUUCUGCAGGAGUCGAGUGCGUUGGAUCCAAGGUUCAAGAACAGCGUUGACUCAGAUGAGAUUUGGCACAGAGUGAACAUGGCUGCAGUUAGGGCUGCAAAUCUAAAAGAGGUGUCAAAUUCAGCUGAGUGCAGACAUUCACAAGAGGACAGUGAUGAUGAAUAUUCAAAUGAGACUCUCCCUCCCAAAAGGCCGAAGUUAAGUGCCUUGGAGGAGCUUUUUGAGGAGGAAGACAGAGCCCUGAAGAGCUGUACAGCAGCAGAAACAACUCUUUCGAUACCUGAAAGAGUUCAGCAAGAGAUUCAGCAGUACAGGAAACUGCCUGCUAUCCCCACAUCACAAGACGCUCUGGUCUGGUGGUGGGAGAGACGAACCACCCUGGCUCUCCUGUCUGAACUGUCUAACUCGUACCUCUGUGUGCAAGCCUCAUCUACUCCUCGUGAGAGAGUGUUUUCAACAGCAGGAGACACAGUCAGCCGAGAGAGGUUGCACAUUGUGCCAGAAAGGGUUGAUAUGCAGAUUUUUCUGCUGAAGAACACUUAAAACAAGGACAACAAUACAUGCAACAUUAAAAUCCUGAUAAUGUUGUUCAUGUAAUAAAGUGCACAUUCACUGUGCUGUUAGGUAAAACAUAUUUGUCUGCAUAGGUAAAAACGUGGUUCAUAUUUAUUUCUACUUUUAUAUUUUAUACAAAUGUACCAUUUUAGGUUCAUCAUUUUUUUCAUGUUUGCCACAAGUGUUUGGCUUCUUGGGUUACUUGAAUGUUAUUUGCAUUGAGAGAUCAACAUUGUUACUCUUAUUUUAAUAGCAGUUUGGUUGACUGCUGCUGCUACAGGAGUUGUUUGAGUUUGCUCUUUGUGAGCAUCGGUAUGUAACCAGUUUGAAGUUGUUCAGUCAUGAAGUUAUUCAGUAGAUUUAACACAAUAAAUCUUACCUCUAUUUUCUGA